CGCCGUUCGCGCCGUGUGGAGAUGCGUGUACUAGGGAGGCUAGCAUGAAGGCGUCAGACGUGUCUACCUGGCGCACCUGCACGUGCACGUACGCGACUAUCACACCUGAGCAAAGGGGCGUGGCCGUCCGUGUUUACGUCACGUGCCCAGGGGCGCGCGCGGCGUGUCCCGGGAACGAGAGCUCCAGCUCUAACGGGAUCGAACAGGGGAGCAAAAUGGCGGACACGGCGAGCCCGACUCUGGCCAACCUGGACGGAGAAUUGUCCAAAAUCGACACCAGGCCGGCUUCUGUGCAGGUCAAGCACUAUGACAUCACGGCAAUGAACGUGGAACACGUCACCGUGUACCUGGAUCGCGCUGAGGUGCGGCGUUCGGUGCUGGUGAACGUCAAAAAGGGGGAAAACGAGGUGCUGUUCAAAAAGUUGUCCCAGAACAUCGACAAAGACUCGAUCAGAGUGGAAUGCAAAGGCCCUGCCUCGAUCACAGAAGUCACGUAUCACAGCAAGUUCAUCCCCGCAGACGAGGCGGAGGAAAAUAAGAAGAUUAGAGAGCUGAAGGACAAGCUGAAUGAUCUGGAGAAGACAAAAAAGGCUCUUCUGGCCAAGAAACACCGACUGGAGAAACAGAGGAGCGUUCUGGACGGCUUCGCAGAUAACAUGAUCAAACCUACAUCUCCAGGGGAGAAUAAGGAAUCGAACAGUGACAACAGACUGAGUUUGAACAUGGACACCUCCCUGCUAGACUGCAUGUCCGGCUUCUUCGACUUGUACGACAAACAGGCCCAGAAGCUGGAUGAAUCCCUGCAGGAUCUGGAUCAGGAGAUCGACACGAACGAAGACGCCGCCGCCGUCACCAGGAAGAACAUCCAGGAACUCGAGAUCAGCAAAGAUUCUCUCAUGAUCAGGUCUCCUCUGAAAACCAGAAACAGGCCUAUAGAAAAACCAAGGGAAGUCCUGGUGGUUCUUGAUACGAAGGAGGAGGCGAGAGUUGAGUUGAUAGUGUCUUACGUGGUGAGCAAGGCUCGCUGGGCGCCUAAAUACGACAUGAGAGUCUUCACUAAGGACAGUGCAAUGAAGCCCCCCCGGCCUGGAUCCAGUCAUGCUCGCCGUGUUACUACUAACCGCUGGCUGAAUAAGAGUGUUGCCUUGCAGAUCCAGUAUUUCGGCGUGAUCCGGCAGAACACAGGGGAGAACUGGCAGGACGCCACCAUCUCCCUCUCCACCUCCCUCCCCAGCGUGGGGGGAACGGCUCCCAGCCUGGGCACACAGGUCCUCUCCUUCAAAAAUAGGUGGACUCGCCGGUGGAUGCCUGAUAGUCCCAGUGUUGGGAUUCCGCAGAGCAUCACUGACAGCCCGCUGAAGAUGAAGAAAGCGGCCAGGAGGGGUCUGGGCAGCUUCCGCAGGAAGGACAAGCCUCAGAUCUACUCUCCAGACAGGUCUUCUCUAAUCAUUGACGAUGAGGGAACUAUUGACAUGGUGGAGGACUCUGAGCUGUUUACUACAGGCGGAGACUCCACAGAACAGGGAAAGGACGGUCUGCUCAGCACGACCUAUGACAUCCCCAGGAAGGCGAACAUCCCGUCUGACAACCAGCCACACAAGGUGCAGAUCGCCAUGAUCGACUUUAACCCCACCUUCGAGCACGAGACGGCGCCAAAACGCUCCCCACACGCCUUCCUCCGCGCGACAGUCAAGAACGACUCGGAGUACGCCCUUCUAGCCGGCCCGGUCAACGUGUAUCUCGACAACAACUUCAUCGCCAAGUUUAAGUCUGACCUUCGCACGGUGGCGCCCUCAGAGGAGUUCACGUGUUCUCUUGGCGCCGACCCCGCCGUGAAGGUCAUCUACAAGCCGCUGCACAAGUACCGGGAGCAGAGCGGGGUCAUCUCCAAAACCACCCAGAUGACCUACAGACAGGUUAUUGAGAUCAAGAAUUUGCGGCCGGAUCCCAUCAAGAUCACGGUGAGCGACCAGCUGCCCCUCAGCACCGAGGAGAAGAUCAAGGUGAACCUCCAGGAGCCGUCCAUCAAGCAUCCGGAGAAGAACGACAAGAACAAGCCGAUUCGGCUGAACGCACACAACAACGUGGAGUGGACACUCAAUAUCGAGGGUGGAAAAACUCACGAGGUGACUCUGAAGUACAGCAUUGAGCAUCCCCCAGGAGAGGAGGUGGAAAUCAAGAACGAGAAAAUCGUCCUGGCGUAGAACCGGCGCCGCGGCCUGGCGGGUGGGCGGUGGUCGGGACGAGAAGAUUGUCGUGGUUUAGAGACUUCCGCGAGCGCACAAGUGGUGGUGUUCAAAACUGUAGGAGUGUUGGGAGGGGGGCACAUGAUAAUGAUAUGGUAGCUAUGGUAACCAUGUGGUAGCUAUGGUAACCACAUGUUAGCUAUGGUAACCACAUGGUAGCUAUGGUAACCACAUGGUAGCUAUGGUAACCACAUGGUAGCUAUGGUAACCACAUGGUAGCUAUGGUAACAUGGUAGCUAUGGUAACCCCAUGGUAGCUAUGGUAACCACAUGGUAGCUAUGGUAACCACAUGGUAGCUAUGGUAACAUGGUAGCUAUGGUAACCCCAUGGUAGCUAUGGUAACCACAUGGUAGCUAUGGUAACCACAUGGUAGCUAUGGUAACCACAUGGUAGCUAUGGUAACUACGUGGUAGCUAUGGUAACCACAUGUUAGCUAUGGUAACCACAUGGUAGCUAUGGUAACUACGUGGUAGCUAUGGUAACCACAUGUUAGCUAUGGUAACCACAUGGUAGCAAUGGUAACUACGUGGUAGCUAUGGAUUAAACAUUGUUAACAGUUUUCAUCCUUGAAUAGUUUAAUCAGGUUGGUAAAUCACUGGAUAACGAAGUUUGUUAUUUCCACACGACAUUCGGAAUUGCAUUCUUCACAGUGCAGUAGCGACACCUAGCUGCAGUGUGUGGUACUACAUGUCCCGAGGAAGGUCGCUGAAACAUCGUCUGGUGGUGAUGAUGCACAUGUAGCGGUGUGUGGUGAAGCCAACUUUGUUAUCCAGCUCAAUCAGUUUUGUUUUCUCACGAACCCAGUAUUUUGGGAGCCUGUGCCACGGCAGCAUGACUUUCUGACAGGUGAGGAGCUGUGAAUAUAAUGUUGGUGUGUCCAUGGCUGGCGGGAGGAGGAUGUUUCCAGUAACAAGUGUGGUUUGUGUUGCAGGUUUGGAGUGUUGUAGAAAGAAUAAGAAAUCUGAGGUCACUUCUCCAUGCAAACUCAUCAGAGUUAAUACGACCUGUGUUUUUCUCUCUCACCAACUUCUCAAAAGAACGACAGAGUUCAGUUGUGUAAAAUAAAUCUUGCUAGCGUGUACGUAGCUUAUGAACAUUUUCUCCAUGCGAUAUCUAUAUUAGAAAAUGAGAAAGUACUUGUCUCUUGUAGUGUGUAGCUAGUUCUAGUAAGAGUAAGUCCAUAGUGUGGCAGCUAUACACACCACACAUAUAUGUAGUAGGUUUAAGGCCGGGAUAGAAUAGCCUCCACAGCAAGCCAAAAACUGGGGGUUUUGGGGGUCUUCAGGAUCUUUUAUUGUAUUGUGCUAUUUUCUGAUUGCAUAUAGACAACAUAGCCGGCCUGGUUGAAUUAGCCCCGUUUUUUUAACUGGGCUAAUCAGAAAACAGCCGAAGACCACCAAACCCCCAGUUCUAUAAGCCUGCUACGGAGGCUAGGGAUAGAACCUUCUGUAGACUGUGGUGUUUCUCUUGUCCAACAGACUCCAGGUUUUCCUUGCCUGUACAAAACGUUAUUUUGAUAGACACCCUAUUUGUGCAUCAAAGUUUCUAUUUUAUGGAACAUGUUCCUUUGGUGGAACCAGAACUCAAAGGCCAGGAAAACAAUAACAAAAAAAAAUCAAAAUUAA